AUGGAAUGUGGGAUGUGCUUUUAUCACAGUGGAAGUCUGAGGAUACAUCAACAAACUCACAAAGGAGAGAAACUAUUUGAAUGUAUGAAGUGUGGAACAAACUUUAGUCAUAGUCAAGCACUUAGAAUACAUCAACGAACUCACACGGGGGAGAAAUCAUUUGAAUGUAUGGCAUGUGGAAAGAACUUCAACCGGAAAGAUAAACUUACAGUACAUUGGCGAACUCACACAGGGGAGAAACCAUUUAAAUGUUUUGAGUGUGGAAAGAACUUCAACCGGAAAGAUAAACUUACAGAACAUUGGCGAACUCACACAGGGGAGAAACCAUUUAAAUGUUUUGAGUGUGGAAAGAGCUUCAGUAAAGAUGAAGCACUUAGAAGACAUCAACGAACUCAAACGGGGGAGAAACCAUUUAAAUGUAAUGAAUGUGGAAAGAGUUUCAGUAACAAUGGAGCACUUAGAAUACAUCAACGAACUCACACGGGGGAGAAACCAUUUAAAUGUAUUGAAUGUGGAAAAAGCUUCAGUAACAACGGAGCACUUAGAAGACAUCAACGAACUCACACGGGAGAGAAAACAUUUAAAUGUAUUGAAUGUGGAAAAAGCUUCAGUAACAACGGAGCACUUAGAAGACAUCAACGAACUCACACAGGAGAGAAACCAUUUAAAUGUAUUGAAUGUGGAAAAAGCUUCAGUGAAAGUGAAUAUCUUAGAAUACAUCAACGAACUCACAUGGGGGAGAAACCAUUUAAAUGUGUGGAUUGUGGAAAGAGCUUCACUAAAAAUGGACACCUUAGAAGACAUCAGCUAACACACACACAAUGA